GCGAGAGUAGGAUUUUGAGCGGCGUGAAAUUUAUCACUUUUUUUCUCCCCGUCGAAACACAUAAAAAUGACCACGUACACGAACAAGGGCCCAAAGCCAGAGAAUGGUCGCUUCAUCGCGUUCAAUCACUUGACAUUCUGGGUUGGAAAUGCUAAACAGGCAGCAUCAUAUUACUGUUGUCGUAUGGGCUUUGAGCCCUACGCCUACAGAGGUCUGGAAACGGGAAGCAGAGAUGUAGCAUCACAUGCUGUCAAACUGGAUAAGAUUGUGUUUGUUUUUGAAUCUCCAUUGAACCCAAGUGGACCCGUAACAGAAGAAAUGGGAAGGCAUCAGACUCUACACGGGGACGGGGUCAAAGACAUUGCUUUUAAUGUAGAGGAUUUGCGAUCUAUUUUUAAGAAAGCAGUUGAGAGAGGAGCUUCUGUCGUCAAAGAGCCGUGGGAAGAAUCUGAUGAAGAUGGUUCGGUCCUGUUUGCCAAAAUCAAAACGUAUGGUGAAACGACGCAUACAUUUGUGGAGAAGAAAGGCUACAAGGGACUAUUCCUGCCCAGUUUUAAAGCUCCGAUGUUUCAGGACCCGCUCAACAAAAUUCUGCCUGUAGUUGAUCUGAACUUUAUCGAUCACAUUGUUGGAAACCAGCCACCUGAUGAAAUGGAGUCUGUUGCUGAUUGGUAUGAGAAGAACUUGAUGUUCCAUCGAUUCUGGUCAGUUGAUGAUUCACAGAUCCAUACAGAGUACAGUUCUCUGCGGUCCAUCGUUGUUACCAACUUUGAAGAAACGAUCAAAAUGCCAAUCAACGAACCUGCCCCGGGCAAACGGAUGAGCCAGAUUCAGGAAUAUGUCAACUAUUAUGGAACUGCUGGUGUGCAGCACAUUGCCAUGAACACAUGUGACAUCAUCAAGACAGUCACCAACCUCAAAGCCAGAGGGCAGAACUUCUUGACAAUUCCUGAUUCGUACUACAAGAACCUCAAUGCACGGCUCAAGCUUUCUAAUAUAAAGAUCACUGAGAGCAUGGAAAUGAUUCAGAAACUGAACAUCCUUAUUGAUUUUGAUGAGGGAGGAUAUCUCCUCCAGAUCUUUACUAAGCCAAUUCAGGAUCGUCCGACCGUCUUUCUUGAGGUCAUCCAACGCCACGGCCAUGAAGGUUUUGGAGCUGGGAAUUUCAAGUCACUGUUCGAAGCGAUCGAGCAGGACCAACAGAAGAGAGGGAAUCUUAAAUAAGCUCGAGAUUCCAGACUGCAAAGAUGUUGACGAGGCAAGACUAACAGAAUUUAACAUCUCCCGUCAUCAGCAGAUGCUGAAAAGUAAAAAUCCUUUCUUCCCCUUUGUUACUUUUCUCUUCCUUGAGUAGUUUUGUCCCCUCCUACUUUGUACCCUCCUGAAAGAUUUCUGAAAGACCCCUGUCCUAGAUUUGCUGUGAAAUGCUGAAUCCUUCAGAGAGUAGAGUGGCUUCAAUUGGGGUGAAAUCAUUUAAGCUGUUGACACUCUUGACACCUGACCCAAUGCCCUGAAGAGGUCGGGGCCACUCCACAUAACUACUACCCAUUUUUCGCUUACACAGCUAGCGCGAAGAUUCGGCGCUUUUACAGUAAGCAGAGAUCGUAAGCGCAGAUUUUGCUGGUACUGUAAGCGAAGAAUGGUGAUCGCAAGUGCUGAAUUCAGCGGUAAGCAGAGUCAUGAAAUUAGGCCCGGUUUAUUAGGUCAGUAACAACAUCGGCCAUUUCUGGGCCUAUGUCUUGGGGGGAAAGGUUCUCUCUAAAGGGUUGAACAGCUACGAUUACCUAUUAUCAUUUAUUCAUUUGAAAUUAUGUAUCUGAAAUACAGCAUUCAUCUUUUACAUUUAUUUUUUAUUAUUUAGUAUUAUUUUAUUUGUCAGCAUUAAUCCCAUUCUGUAUUGUCUGCUAACUUAAUAAGUUUACACCGAUUUGAUGAACAGCCAGAAAGCAUUGCAAAGCAUUUUUCCCUUUUGGAUAAUCACUUCCUUAUCACAUAAGACAUAUUCCUAUAAUGUUUUGGAAAAUUGAACGCUAAAAUAUUGACCCCAUUAUGGCUUAAGGAACUUGCCAACUGUUAAAACAACAAAAUUUCAGCUUUUUUUGUUAAAUGACUGAACACAUCAUUUUACCCUCAGGAUCAAGUGUGCUUUAUUUUCCCACAAAACUAUUCAAAUGUCUGAUUUAACGAGAGAUGAUUGAAAAAUGUCUCAGAGAUUCUUGUUUCUCUGUUAUCACCCAUGUAUGCCCUGGGUUUCAUCUGUGAUUGGGCAAAGUGGCAAUAAAAACCUACAGCAGCUUUUGUAAAGUAUAAAACAUUUUGGCAAUCAUUAAACUUCAAAGUCAUGUGGUUAUGUACAAAGAUAUAAGUUUUUAUGCCCCAAAUUGUGAACCUGAGAAGCGUUACCACGGUGACAAUUUUAUGAUCAUUAUCAGGAUUAUUUUUUUCAGCGGGGACACUUUCUGCGAUAACUCAAAGGCUAGACCACCUUUCAAAGUAAAAUUUCAGAUGUUAGUCUUAUUGUAUACAUCUACAUUUAUGUAGGAUUAAAACAAUUGAACAGUUCAAAUUUUAAUAUGGAAUGAUGAAAAAAGAAAAUUGAUUUAGCAAACGUUGUAUGAUGUCAUUUAAGAAAUGACAGAUUAGUCUUCCUCCCAAUUCCUUAGUCUUCUUACCAUCUUUAACAAGUGAUCAAUAAUUUGGUGUUUGACGAAGACAAAUUUACUAGAGAGGGACUUGAACUUGGGACCUUCGGAUUACUGUGAAAACAAAAAACUUGACUCCACAAAAUAGCCGAAUGUGUUGGUUCACAACGUAUAAGGAAAACCGUGCAAUUUCGAGGCAUGUAUGUGUGGAUCAUUGUAUUCUACUUUUAAAACACCUUUCUAACCAUAUGAAUUUCAUAACAAGUUUCACAAGCUUUUUAUGGACCAACUCGACCGAUACAAGGCAACGUGUCCCUUUCGUCCGGAGGUCACGGGUUAAAUCUAGCUCUUGACAAUUUUGUUUUUCAACCUUGAAAUUAUUUAAGGUUUACCGUAUUCAGUUUCCCUAGUGCUUUAUACUGGAUUAAUGUUAGGCCAAGAUUAAUGUUUAAAUGCAUUGGUGUAACUUAAAAUGUUUUAGUAGAACUUAACAUUUCCCUUUUUAAAGAGGUGCCCCUUUGGUAAAUGCCCUUACAAACUUGCCCACUAAUGGACCGGUGUACAGUGCCCCAUGUUGAACAUGAUAUGAUUAUUCUGUAUGUAAUACUUUUGGGUGAAGUCAACUUUAGUCAAAGUUUUAUGGUGUAUACUAUAUUACAUAAAAUACUAUUAAUCAUUGAUGAGCCUAUUUUAGGUUUUUACAAGAGUGAACCCCAAUGUUUGAGCAUUAGAAGGUUAGUUUUAAAAGAGUGAUUGUUCAAUUUAAAUUAUGGUAUUAUUAUAUAUUUUUAUGUGCAGGGUAAUUGGAAAAAUGGAUUGUGUGUUUUAUCUGCCAAUUGUCAACACCAUGUGUGAAUGUAAUUAUUAAAUACAAUGAAGUACAAUUGACACUAAUCUA